GUAAGAUAAAUUGACAACACACAUGGGACAAACAUGUUUUAAUGUAUAUUUUAUUUUUUUAUUGCCGUCCCAAAUUAAUUUUAAUGAAACUACAAUCAAAGUGAUAUUAAUUCAACUUUAUUAUUUAAAUAUAAUGGCUCAUAAAUUUAAAAGCAAAAAACAAAAAAAAGUUAAAGACGUAUUCAAUCAAAUCGCGAAGCGUAACGAAGAGUGAGUACCUACUACCUAUCUGUGAAAAUUAUUGUUCAUUUUUUUGAGAGCAGUGGUGUGUUCCCAUAGGGUAUUACAUAUACGCAACAUUUUUUUUAAACAUUGGUAUAAUGUGCAUACUUUCAAGGCUCAAACGAUUUGCGAUUUUAACUCUCAAGAUUAUUAUUGACACGAUCUAAACCAUAAGACAAAUAUUUGUAUUGUAUGUAUUAAACAUUUAUGUUUUGAUAUUAUUUGAUGACUUGAUAAACUCAUAAAAAAAUUAAUGGGAACACUUUAAAUUUCCCAGCAUGAAUUUUUUUAAUAUUAGUAUGGUCUAUUAAUUAAUUUUUACAAUUAACAUAUGAACAGAUAACUUACAUUAUAAAAUUACUAAUUUACCUAUUUAAAUUUUUUCAAUAAAACUAUAGGCAAUUAUAAUUAAUAAGUAAUGGUUACUUAUUAGGUACCUUGAGAUAAUUUUGAGGCGUCAAAUAUAUAAAUAAAUAUACCUCAUUUAAUAAUCUAUAAUUUUUUUUAAAUUUAAGUUAAAAAAUAAAAUCUUUUAAAAUAUGAAAAAAAUAAAUAUAAUUAAAUAAAAAAAAUUAAAUUAUUUUUAAAAUAUAUGGAUACAGGUUAUAUUUUAUGAAAAUGUACAUGUUUUCACUAUUGCUUAUAAAUUAUUACUUAAUAGGGAAUAUAUUAGGAGAUAUUAAUAUAGUUAUUAAAGCUAUUAAUGAUAAUUAAUUACUUUAAUAUAUAUAUAUAUGAUUACAGGUUAAAAGGAAAAACAAAUAAACCUCCAAAAGAUCCUAAAUAUCAGGAUGUUCCACGAAGUUUACGAGAGUUUAUGAAACUAAAAAAAUUAGCAAAAAAAGAUGAAAAAAAAGGUUCCAAUGUUAAAAGUCAAUUGUACUUUGAUAUAGGAAACAGAACACAAAAAAAUAAUCAAAAAUGUGCAUUUGAAUUAGAAGAAAAACCUGAACAAAUAAAUAUCAUCCGUGAAAGUGGUGUUGUAGUUACUGAAACUCCAGUUCAUCAAACUACAAGAAGCAAAUUAAUAGAAGCAAAACGGAAAAGGCAGUUAAAAACCAAACUUAAAAGGGAAAAAAAGAAAGAAAAAAAAAAGCAAAAGCUUAAUGAAGAAACACAAGAAAAAGAAGAACAUGCUAUUGAAUACUUAAAAGACAAUAUUGAAUUUGGAGAAACUGUACAUCAACCUCCAAGUUUGACCGUAAAACCAAGGAAAGCAGUUAUCAAUGAUUUUGAAAAUAGAGUACGAAAAAACAAAUAUUUUACUCAUGUUUUAUUACUAAACUAAUAGCCUCUAAUUAUUAUUUGUGUUUGUUUUUAGCCUGGUCGUAAAGAUGAUCUAUUCUUAAAAUCCAUGUUGACAGAUGCGGGAAAUUCUUCAAAAGCAAAGAAAAUAAAAGAUGUCAUUUUAAAAAAACCUAGUAAAAGUACACUUAAACGUAAAGCAUUUACAGGCAAACGUAAAGCAUUAUCUAUAUCUGAACGCAGAAUAAUAGAAAAAGAAAGAGAUUCUGCUGUGUUAGCAUAUAGAGAGUUAAAAAAAAAUAUAUUAAAUAAAGUCAAUUAAGUAAAAUUAAUUAUUUUUUAUU